CUUCAUUUGAACGAUACCGAAAUUGAUCUGUAUGCUGAUGACGCGACACAAUAUGUGGCUGGUUAUAACGUACAGCAUGUGGAUCAUAAACUGAAUGGUGAUUUGCAACCGGUGGUAAAGUGGUCAGAAAACAACAGGAUGGUAGUAAAAACGGAGAAGACGAAGACCAUGGUUAUUGGAA